AUAAAAAAUAAAUAAAAUAAUAAUAAAUAAAUAAGUUUUUAACAUUUUUGGAAUAUACAUAAUUUAAAACUUUCAAGAAAUGACUGUGUUGGACCCAGCAUUUGAGGGUGUUGGACAAGAAGUAGGAAUUAAUAUAUGGAGAAUUGAGCAAAUGGAAGUGAAGCCUAUCCCAAGAAGCGAAUAUGGAAAUUUUUACAUUGGAGAUUCUUACAUCGUUCUAAAUACUAAGCAAGCAAAGAGUGGACGAUUGGAAUGGGACAUCCAUUUUUGGCUGGGGAAUGAAACUUCUCAAGAUGAAUCGGGUGCGGCUGCUAUUAAAUCUGUGGAAUUGGAUGAUGUGUUGGGCGGCAGUCCUGUUCAGCAUCGUGAAGUUCAAGGUCAUGAGUCAGCCCUAUUUUUAUCUUAUUUUAAGAAAGGAAUUAGAUAUUUGCAGGGUGGCGUAAAAUCAGGGUUUAAUCAUGUAGAAGAUGAGUCUGUGAAGCGAUUGCUGCGCGUGAAAGGACGGAGAAAUGUGCGCUUGCAAGAAAUGUCAUCAGACAUCAGUUCCAUGAAUCGUGGCGAUUGUUUCAUUUUAGACGUUGGACGUAACGUAUACCUCUACGUUGGACCAGACAGCGGUCGCAUGGAGCGCAUCAAGGCUAUUCAGGCCGCUAAUGCCAUCCGAGAUGACGUUCACCACGGGCGCAGCACUGUGAAAAUAAUUGAUGGGGAUAGUAGUAGCUCUGAAAUCGACGAGUUUUUCGAAGAACUGGGUGGAGGUUCUCCAGAUGACAUAGCGGAUUCCGCUGAAGGGGGAGAUGACAACACAUUCGAAUCUGAGUUGGAGAUAAAAAUAGCUCUUUUCAGAGUCUGGGAAGAUGAUUCUAAUGAACUACAAAUAGAAUUGGUUUCUGAAAGGCCUUUGAAGCAAGAAUAUUUGAUAUCUGGUGAUUGCUUUUUAUUAGACAGUGGCAGCAAAAAUAAUGGAAUUUUCCUGUGGGUUGGAAAAAAUUCAAGUCCGAAGGAAAGGCAUGGGAUUAUGAACUUAGCAAAUAAAUAUCUCGAAAUGAAAAACUACCCAAAAUGGCUGCCUGUGAAAAGAAUCAUUGAUCAAGGUGAACCACCGGUGUUCAAAUCAUUUUUUUCUCUGUGGAAAGAUUCUGAUGAUCAAACUGGUCUUGGUCAUCCUUAUACAUUUGAACAAAUAGCAGCUUCGCUACCUGAUGAAGAUUGCCCUGACGGAUUUCACGCUUUGGAUCAUAAAAAGAAACUUCUUUUGUCGAAAGGAAUCGGCAAGGCAUGUGGUUUCAUGCCAGACGAUGGCUCUGGAGAUGUUGAGAUAUUCAGAAUUGAAGACUUUGACAUUGUACCAGUGAACUCAUCUCAAUAUGGUAUAUUUUUUGGAGGUGAUAGCUACAUCGUAAAAUAUACCUAUCAGAAAAACGGAUCUGAGCGUUAUAUAAUUUAUUUUUGGCAGGGCAAAACAAGCAGUCAAGAUGAAAAAGCUACUUCUGCCAUAAUGGCUGUAAAAAUGGACAAUGAUCUGAAUGGCAAAGCAGUACAGGUUCGUGUUGUUCAUGGCCAAGAACCAGAGCACUUCUUGAGAAUUUUCAAAGGGAAAAUGGUCAUUUUGAUGGGAGGUCAUGCCAGUGGGUUUAAAAAUAUACAUGACUAUGAUUCGUUUGAUGUGGAUGGUACUCGCCUUUUCCAAGUUCGGGGAACAAAUGAAUAUAACAUUCGUGCUGAACAGGUGCCUGAAUUAUCUAGCUCUCUUAAUUCAAACGAUGUAUUUUUACUGGAGACUCCAUCUGUUAGUUACAUUUGGAAUGGAAAUGAUUCUUGUGCCGAAGAGCAAGCCAUGGGUAAAAGAAUAGUUGAUAUUGUUUCACCAGAGAGGGAAAUAAUAGAAAUAAACGAAGGCGAUGAGCCAGAAGAAUUUUGGGCCAGUCUAAGUGGAAAAACUGACUAUUCCAAAACUAGAGAUUUGCCAUCUCGACCAUUGUUGGAGACAAGACUUUUUAAACUUUCCAAUGAAACUGGAAAACUAACUGUUGAAGAAAUAUGCAAUUUCACGCAAGAGGAUUUAUCUGAAGACGAUGUAAUGGUUUUAGAUGCUGGUGAUGCUUUAUACAUAUGGAUUGGAAAAGGUGCUGAUGAAGAAGAAAAGGAGAAAUCACUUGAAAUGGCAGAAGUGUAUAUCAAUUCUGACCCAACUGAUCGAGAUAUCGAUAAUACAUUAAUUGUUAAAAUUAAACAAUAUGAAGAGCCUGAAGCUUUCAAAUCAUAUUUUAGUGAUUGGAAUGAAAAUCUAUGGGACGUAAGUUAAGGAUCAAAUCUGAACUUUCAUCCCUGCUUUUAAAGAAUUAAAGUGCUCUUAAUAUAUCCUCUGCAUAUUCUUCAGGAAAAAAGUUUACAGCUCCUGCUUAGUAUUAAAAUUAAACAUAAAUUAGUGUUUUUAUCAAUCAUCAUUUAUACUUAAAAGAGGAAGUUUUUAUUGGAUUUUUAUUCUAGUCACUUAAAUUACAUGUAUACAUAUGCUUGAUGAUAACUAGUUAUGUACGAAAAGAAAAGAAAAAAAAAAUCAUGAAGAGUGCGACAUUUUCAAAAGAAAAAAAGAGAGAGAGAGAACUUUAAUGUAUAUUUUAAAUUAUUUUUACAACAAAAUGUGCAUUUUAUUAAAAACAAAACAGAUUUUAAAUUCGUUUUAAAUUUUUUUUCAAUGAGAGUUAUUCUGGAAAGAUUUUAUAUUUGGCCCACAAACAAGAUAUAGUAUUUUUAUGUUGCUAAAUUAAAUUAAUUACAUCGUCUUUGUAUUGGAGAAAAUAUUCUAUAAAGAAAAGUAAAGAAAAAACUUCACUAGUUUAGCGAUAUAAGUAAUGCAAUUUAGCAGUUAAAGUACUCAAUAUAUUAUGUAAAUAUAUGAACUUAAAACUAAUUUUUGUGAAGUAAAUAAAAAUAUUUCUUCAUGUGAUUCCUUUCGAGCUGAUCAAAUUUUACUGGUUAUAUUUUAUGGUUCAGAAUUAUACUUUUCCUGUGAUAAUUCGUAAGCUAAACACAUUUUUAUUGAUGACUCAAUGAAUCAGUAUUAUGCAGUAUAAUUAAUUUUACCAAUUAAAAAAUUUUCUACUUAAUUUUGCUAUUACUUUUUGUGUGUUUUAAUAUUCUUUUAUGCUAUCAAAGUGAUAAACGAAACUGUACAAGUUAUGCUAUCUUUUGUAUAAAAUCUUUGUUGCUGACUUUUAUGCUUGAUAAUAAAUUUUAC